AUGUUCGAGCGCAACCCGGAGAUGGAGGAGACGCUGGACAAGGCCAAGGGAGCCGUCAAGCACAUGCUGGUAGGCGCCAGCAUGGCCGGAGCCACGGGGGCGACCAUGGGCGCGGUGCUGGCGGCGCUGCGCAAUGAGAGCAUCAAGUUCUACGCGGCGUCGAUGGGCUCCAACUUCUUCCUGCUGUCGUCGACGUAUAUCGCUUUUGAGGAGGUGAUCGCGGACAAGAGGGACGACAAGAAGGACUGGAUCACGGGCGCUGCUGCUGGCACUAUCACGGGCGGAUUCUACGCCGGGCUUGUCGGCGGUCGGCUCCGCGGUCUUCAGGGUGCAGCGGCUGGCGCGGCAGUGGGUGCCGCCGUGAUUUUCGGCCGCGAGGAGUUCCACAAGUGGCGUCUAUCCAAGGGCGUACAGCGCUACGAGGCCAAGUACGGCGAGGCUCCUGCUGUGUACCACCCGACAACUGCUGCGCUCGUGGAGAGCCAGGGUCCUCCUCGCGAGCUGGUGUUCCCUUCUCUGCUGCCGAAAAGCAUCAAGAUCUCGGAGGAGGAAAUCGAGCGGCGCAUUGUCGCCCGCAUGGACGAGCUGCGGAAGGAAAUGCAGGAAGAAGAGGCUGCAGCCAACAAGAACAAGGCGGACAGCAAGCAACAGACGCAGACAAAGUGA